AUCUAAACGAGUUAAAAGUCGUUCGAACUAUCCAUGGGGUCUAUAUAACAUGGCAAUGCAGCCACGAAAACUCCCCGCCCAGGCUCUCUACAGAACUGCAAAAUGCAAAGCCGAACAGCUUUCAAGCUUCUCUCCACUUUCCUCACAUUCUCGUGCCUCUUAAACCAAGGGUUGGGGGCAAAUUGUGCAGGAAAUUCUCCAACAGUGAAUCAGACAGAGGUGGGGUUCGGGGAGCCUCCAAAAUUCAUGGUGGAAGUGCAGAACAAGUGCCCUAUGUGCCCAAUCAUCAAUGUUCAUUUGAACUGCGGAAGCUUUCCUCAACGUUUGGUGAGUCCCAGGCUGCUCAAAGUGAUAGGCUUUGAUGACUGUGUCCUCAACGCUGGGUUGCCUUUGGCACCCUUGCAGACUUUUUCUUUCAACUACUCUCAUCACAUGUUUGUCAUGCAUCCAACGAACUGGUCUUUUCAGUGCGAGUGACAGUCCGCUGCCAUACCACCUGGGAUCUAAUCUAGUUUUUAUUUUUGGGUGUUACUGUUCUAUACCACCUCAUCUAUAUAUGUUUUUAUGUUUUGGUAUCCUACAUAUUACUAUAUGUACUAACCAAAGAAGACAAUGAAUUUCCUUUUUAAUUA